AUGGCUUGUGCUUUAGAAACUGACCCGAUCAAUCAACUUGAAGAAAAUCUACAAUGUACCGUAUGUCUGGAAGUAUUAGCGGAUCCCAGAACCCUUCCUUGCUUCCACUCGUUCUGUAAAGUUUGUUUGGAAGGCGUUGUGGAAACAUGUCGCGACAAAGCACCUCGCGGCCAACCUAUUCGAGAGUUUCCAUGUCCAAAUUGUCGUGCGAUGUUCAUACUUGAUCCCGACAAACAGGUCACCGACAUGCCACGGAACCAUUUCAUCUGUAACAUGGUUAAAGCGACGGCCGAACUCGAUCGUGGAAUCGGUGUUCCUUGUUCACAUAAUUGUAGUCAAAGCUAUACUCGGUCGCUCGCUGCGUCACCUGUGAAAAAUUCCUAUGUCGGGAAUGUCUGA